CAGGUGUUUCCUUGGAACAACGUGAGGCUACCUACAUUCGCGCAUCCUACUAGAUACAAUAUCACCAUCCAUCCGAACCUUACCACUUUAGAAGUAAAAGAUGGUUCAAGACCGUAAAGGCCACAGAUUAAAAAUCGCCAAGCUGCUGGAAUAUCCGACACACCAACAGCUGUACCUAGAACUGGAGGAGAGUAAAUUUCGCAAGAGGGGGAAUUACACGGUGCACCUGAGGUUCAUCUCGAAGCUGACGAGCGAACUCGAGGGGUUCUAUCUCAGCAGCUACGUCACCCCGGAAGGAGAAAAGAGGCGCGCUUUCAUCGCCGGCGGACGAGUGAUGGUGACUGUGUGCUUUUCCCACCCCCUUAGGUACCUCGCCACCACUCAUUUCGAGCCGACGUACGCACGCUCGGCGUUCCCGUGCUUCGACGAGCCGCAGUUCAAAGCGAAGUUUAAGGUCUCGAUAUUCAGGGACAGAUUUCAUAUCGCGCUGUGCAAUAUGCCUGUAAUGAACACCGAGGACGCGGGAUUUUACAUGGGCAUGGGACUUCUCCGCGACGAUUUUCAAGAGUCUGUCGAAAUGUCGACGUACCUGGUGGCGUUCGUGGUUUGCGACUUCAAACGCGUUUCCGAGCUGACGAAGAGGAACAUUUCUGUGAGCGUGUACGCGGCAGAGGCGAUGCUGCCGCAGGCGAAAUACGCGGUGACAACGGCUGCUCGUAUAAUGGAUUACUUCGAGUCAUUCUUCGGAGUGCGUUACCCGCUGCCUAAGCAAGACCUGAUAGCUAUUCCGGACUUCGCCGCUGGCGCGAUGGAGAACUGGGGCCUAAUCACGUACCGAGAAACGUCCAUACUGUACGAUCCCCAAGAGACGUCGACCUACGCUCACGAAUGGGUGGCCAUAGUCGUUGCUCACGAACUGGCCCAUCAGUGGUUCGGUAAUCUAGUGACGAUGAAGUGGUGGAACGAUUUGUGGCUGAACGAGGGGGCAGCGAGUUUCUUCGAGUACAAGGGUGUGAAUCACAUCUCGCCCCAGUGGAGCAUGAUGGAUCAGUUUAUCUUAGACAAAACCCAACCGGCGCUCGAUCUCGACGCGUUGGCCAGCAGCCACCCUAUAAGCGUGCCGGUUAAAGACCCGAACGAAAUCGAAGCGAUAUUCGAUGACAUUAGUUACAGUAAGGGCGCUUCCAUUCUCAACAUGCUUGAGGGCUUUUUAUGCGAGGACGUUCUGAAAAGCGGGCUGAACGACUAUCUGAAUUCGCACGCGUACGGGAAUGCAGACACGAACGACCUCUGGGCGGUCUUUACAAAACACGCGAAUAAUACUUUCGACGUGAAAGCUAUUAUGGAUACGUGGACCCAGCAAAUGGGUUUCCCUCUGAUAACGAUUACGCGUAACGGGAAUACCAUCACGGCGACUCAACAGAGAUUUCUAAUAUCGCCAAAAGAAAACGAUACAGAACAGCAAGAAUCAAAAUCGCCCUUUGACUACAAGUGGUAUGUCCCGUUGAGCUACUACACAGACAAAGAACCGCGCAAGAUUCACAACGUAUGGAUGAAUUUAACCGAUGUGACGUUCGAAAUACCCGCCGACGUGGAGUACGUAAAGUGCAACGUGAAUCAAAGUGGAUUCUAUCGCGUGACCUAUCCGGAGGAGAUGUGGUCGUCGAUCAUUGCUACUUUGUUGAACAAUCACACGAAAUUCAGCCCGGCGGAUCGCGCUAACCUCAUCGACGACGCGUUCACGCUUUGCGAGGCAGGCGAGUUGAACGCUACCGUGCCACUUGAAUUGUCCCUUUAUCUUUUGAACGAGAGGGACUACGUGCCGUGGACCACAGCGCUCGGCUACUUGCACUCUUGGAAAGACAGACUGAGCGAGAGCCCUGGCUACAAACGAUACAUCACGUUCUUGAAGCAGCUAUUGACUCCAGUUACAAAAUACGUCGGUUGGGCAGACGAGGGAUCUCAUUUGAAGAAGUUGUUAAGAAUCGCAGUGCUUCAGUCAGCCGUGUCGGUGAAACUGGACGACGUUGUGAAGCCAGCGAAGGGUCUCUUCGAAGACUGGAUGUUGCGAGGCCAACGAAUUGCGCCGAACAUACGAGACGUCGUAUACGUUGCAGGUGAUACACUUUAUUUCCCUUGUUUAUACAUUCGCACUGCACUGGAAUUCGUACGUCCGCCUUGCUUACCAGGGAUCAAAUUUGGCGGUGAGAGCGAAUGGAACCAUUGCUGGGGGAAUUAUCAGAAAACUCAGGUGCCGAGCGAGAAACGAGUGAUGUUGCAAGCGCUGGGAGCGACGACAGACUCGUGGCUGCUGCAACGAUAUCUACUGCGAUCGUUGGACCGUGAUAUGGUGAGAUCGCAGGACGUCGAGACCGUUAUAGCGUCCGUCGCUACCAAUUCCGAGGGCCAGUUCCUUGCGUGGCGUCACUUGAAAGCUUAUUGGCCUCAGAUACACGUACUGUUCGGUAACGGAUCGCUGACCAUGGGCGGCCUCAUAUCCGUCGUGGUCUCUGACUUCUUCACGGAAUACGACUACCACGAGGUUUCGGAAUUCUUCAAGAACGUGGACGUCGGGAACGGUCGGCGAGCAUUGGAGCAAAGCCUGGAAACAAUCAAGUUCAAUAUACACUGGGUGAAAGAGAACGCGGAUGUGGUCGAUCGAUGGCUCGUAAAUUAUCUGAACAGUCGCACGAGUUAACCCUUCGUUUAUCGGGAAUGGGACAAGAGCGACGCGAAAUUAUCAUCCAUACAUUCCGCGACGAUACUUACAUUCUUCAUGGUGCUCAUCGACACAUGAUACCGCCUCUCGUGUGACACGAGGGAAGUAAGAACGUUUGUUACUACCGAGGUGAACCGAGAGAAUCAUUU